CUUUCUUUGGCGUACAUUACACACAGAAAAAGAAAACUUGAAAACCCUGAUUGCGACUCUUCGUCUGACCACAUAGCACUAUAUUCAAAAAAAUUCCCUUUUCUUAUCGUCCUCUUCUGUACACUACAAUACAAAACAAUACCCCAUUUUCCAUCUUCAAAAUCCAUUUUUUGUCUGCAAUUCUAUAACCCCUUUACUCAAGAUUCCCCUUUUCCCCUUUCAUUCAUCUCCAUUUUCACAACUGUCACUUGGGUUCAUUUGUUUUUAUUCAUUGUAUAUUCUUAUUACUCAUUUAUUAAAUAUCAGAAAACUUUUUUUUGUCAAUGAGGAAUUCUUUUAUGUAUAUAUAUGUUUUAUGGAUAUUUAACUGCUUGGUUGGUGAUGAACAAAUACUUUUGUUUUAAAAGUGUUGUUGCUUAGUCCAAAAUUGUUCACUGUUUUAGUUGUGGCAGUUAUGGGUGGUGAGGGUAGAGUUGAAAUUGUGAGUGGUAAAGGGUGCUCGAGGUUGUUUUCAUCUUCAUUUACUUCAAUCAGAGAUCUUCAACCAUUGGAUCAAAUGUCUCCUGUUUCAGCUUCUCCGCAAGUGUCAUCAACUGCUCCUUUUGCUGGUCUUGUUAUAUGCGUUACUGGCUUAUCUAAAGAAGCAAGGAAUCAGGUCAUGGAGGCCACAGAGAGAUUAGGUGGCCAGUAUAGCCCCAAUCUGCAUCCUCAAUGUACUCAUUUGGUGGUUCAGAACUUCGGUGGAUGCAAAUUUGAGCAUGCGCUGAAGCAUGGAGCAAAAAAUGGUCUCUUUGUUGUCACACUGGGUUGGUUUGUGGAUAGUGCCAAGAAAAAUGUAAGGUUGACCGAAUCACUUUAUAGUCUGAAGAGAUAUGGAGAUAAUAAUAUGUACUUGGAUGAUUUUAGAGGGUAUACAAAUACUAGAAAUUGUCUUCCUGCGAGAAUCCAUGAAACAACACAUUCUCAUCGUGCUGAAGAAUUUCUAAGAUUCUCUGGUAAAGAGUCUAACAGAAAUUUGGACUCAACUUUGUCUGGUUGCUCCAUCUAUGUUGAUCCACACAUUUCAUCCGAAUUGCAGAACAAGGUUGUCGAGUCUGCUUCAAGAGAAGGUGCUAGUUUGGUGGAACAAUGGUUUGUUGGUUGCAAUGUUAGUCAUGUAGUGACUGAAGGGACAUCCAUUCAAAGAUAUCUCGGAUACUCUAGUAACCUCGUUACACCACUGUGGAUUCUCAAAACAGCUAAGGAGAAACAAGUGCAGAGGCUUGUUAACAUGUCUGUUGAUUUGGCGAGACAAGUUGGCUUGAUGCUCGAAGACGUUCAUAAUGGCCUUUCAGGAAAGGAAGUAGUAAAGACAAAAGUCCAUGACGAACUUCAAGGCGGUAAAAGUGAAAUUGGCUACGAAGAAAGACAACAAAUUGUAAGUUCGGCAAAAAAUGGUGUUAGAAGUCGCCGUGGUCGUCGUAUGCAGACAUGUCAGACGCCUAUCCGGCCGAUAACACCUAACAACCUUCUAGACUCUAUCUGCUGGUCAAUAUCAGAGGCAACUUCAACUGCUUCCAUUUACACAGACUCUUUCAGUGCUGAAGAUCCUAGUGAUAAUCAUACUUCAAUAUUUUUUGAUGCAAAAGGGGAUGCAAAGGACUCAGAUGCUUCAUUUUCGAACUCCACACGUCCUCUAACAGAAAGUGAGAAAUCUGAGUUGGUAUUUAAAAACCAUUUUCUCACCAUACUCUUCCCAGUUGACCGGUUUUCCGAGAUCGGCCCUUCCUCAAGGACAUUUUUCAACAAAAACGGUUUUACAUGUCUUCAGGUGUUGGAUCAUAUACAUGCAUUUUAUCAGGAGAACAUGUCAAGCCAUGAAAUAGAAGUGGCGAUUCAUACAGAUUCAAGACACGCGGAUAAGCUUCGAUCAGUGUACUCGAGUAAGGAAACAGCGGAGCAUGGUUAUGCGAUGUUCAAACGAACUGAAUUUUUGGGGAGUCGUUCAAGUUUUGAAAUGUUAAAGCGCGUGAGUGGAGACAACAACUCCAAUGUGUAUGAGUUAUUACUUAGGGCGUAAGGUACAUUAGAAGUCACAAGUUUUUAGCAUCUGUAUUUUACCAGAAUUGUAUCUGUAACAUCAACGGUGGAAUGUCACAUGAAUAGGGUGCCCAAAAUGGGAAGUGUGAAUACAUGUAAUGGGAGAUUGGCCAAAUGGGAAAAGCAGUAACUUAGAGCCCAAGUUUUAAAAAAAAGUUAUCUAUAAAAGGAUGGAUACUUGAAGAUCA